AUGCGUAACCCAAAGGACUCGAUGACUUCCACCUGGCGAUCCUGGGAUCGCUCGCAGUGGAAUCUCGGCCACUGGCUUCUUGAAUACCUAAAUGUGCAUCAUGUCGAACUUGAUCAAGAAGUUCCCGUUCAUCAAAAGACCGACAAAGUGCCUUAUGCGCCGGAGAUGCAGUUCCAUUUUUGGAUCAUCCUUCACGCUGGUCUCCCACUCAUCCUUCACCAACUGUAUAUCACCUUCUUCGGUCAUCCUUCGGCCUGGCUAGCAUUUGUCUACUACAGUCUAGCCCUGGAAUCCAUCGCCGUGAAAGAAACUCAUGUUCUCCGACGCAUGGGCCACAAUCUUGGAUUCUUCGACGGAGAUAAGCACGCUCGCGAUGGUGUACCCGACGUAGGAGUCGGCAAAACAGUACAAACUCUACUAUCCGUAAUAGUUUUACGACCCAUGGUCACUGUCUUCCUCGCCUACCGCGCUAACGAAGGCCCAUCGUCAAUCCGAUGGAAUUGGCUGAUCUUCGAAACCGGCAUGUAUCCCCUCGCCAUCGACUUCUGGUACUAUAUCAUACACCGCUCCGCCCACGAAAUGGAACACCUCUGGCAGUUCCACCGCACCCACCACCUGACCAAGCACCCGAAUCCCCUGUUGACCGCGUAUGCGGAUACAGUGCAGGAGUUCAUUGAUCUUAUCGGCACGCCGCUCCUCGCAUACGGCACAUUGAAGCUAAUGGGAUUUCCAAUGGGCUUCUAUGAGUGGUGGAUAUGCCAGCAAUACGUCGUGUUUACGGAGAUUCUGGGCCACAGUGGAUUGCGUAUGAUUGCUACGGCGGCGAAUCCGUGGACGUGGCUGCUACGGUUGUGUGAUAUGGAGCUUGUCAUUGAGGAUCAUGAUCUCCAUCAUCGCAAGGGCUGGAGGAAUAGCCAUAAUUACGGCAAGCAGACUCGGGUGUGGGAUCGGUUGUUUAAUACCUCUAUUUCUCGUAUAGAGGGGCAUCAGGACAAUAUCGAUUAUGUCAAUACGGCGGAACUUCCCUUGUUUUGA